AUGAAGGAAUCUCGUUUUGCUGGUAGAGGGGGAGGGUGGAUGGAGGUCAGGAACAGAAGACCGUUUCAUAGUUGGAAACCUCGAUGGGAUACGUUUCCAUUUGGGGGGGAAAAUUUGAAUUUUAAGGGGAUGAAGGAGGAUCGCGUGACCUCUAUUUAUUUUUCUGAAAUCCCAGAUUUUUUUGUGGCUAAGGAGUUGUUCGAGUUAUUUGGAUGUAUUGGUAGGGUGGUUGAGGUUUCUAUUUCUCCAAGGAGGAAUAAUAUUGGGAAGAGGUUUGGUUUCGCGAGAUUUGCGGACGUGGAAGAUGAGAGGUUGUUGGCUGUGCGGGUGGAUAAUGUGAUCAUUGAUGGUAAGAAAAUUCAUGCUAAUUUGCCUCGGUUUCAGAGGCAGGCGGCUGCUAGAGGGUCAAUUGGUAGGGAGAAAUUUGAGGUUCCGGUGAAUCGUUUCGAAGGAAGGAAGGCGACAUGGAGGGAUAAACGGAGCUUUGCCGAGGUAGUCAACAAGGAUAGGGAAACCGGUGGGAGAAAGUCAGAAGACCAAGGCUUGAGUUUCUGUUAUAAGUCGAAGGAAGAAAUUAGGGAGAGGCUUAACAAAGCAUAUGUAGGUAAGGUUAUUGUUUCGGGAUCGGCUUACAAUAUUCAGACUCACUUCGAGAUGGAAGGCUUUUUCGCGAUCAAAGUUUCUCCCAUGGGAGGUAACUUGUGUUUGUUGGAGGAGAUGGAGGACGGUUAUAUUGAAGAUCUUAUUGGUGAAGGCGAGACGUGGUGGAGGACUUGGUUUUCAGAGAUAAAGAAAUGGGAGGAAGAUAGGGUUGACGAUAGUAGAGUGGCGUGGAUACGUAUCUACGGAAUACCGCCUCAUGCUUGGAACGAUGGGUUCUUUCGUGUGCGUAGAUGA